ACCUGCCGGAUAAAUCAUCAACAUAAAACGCAUGAGCAGAUGAUUACUCGCCGAGUUUCAUCUUUCAUAUGCUUCGUUGAUGUUGACCAUUUAAGUACAAAACUUCAAAUGGUCAAAGGAGUAAAGUGAAAGCUAUUUGAUCUUCUAGAUUCACUCAAAACCUCUUUACCAUACCACUGACACUGCGUUUCCCCUUAUUAAAACCCUUCUGCUCAACGCAAUAGCAUCACUAUCUAUCCCUCUCAAAGGCCCAAAAUGUGGCAUCUUCUUCUUCACCUUCUUAUCUGUACCCUCUUCUUCACUUCACCCUUUGUUCACUCUCGAACCACUCCACAUAGCUUCAAAACUUCCAUUCUUGAUGUCUCCGCUUCCAUUCAAAACACUCUCAAUGUUCUCUCGCUCCAUCCCCAAACCACACAGCUCUUUAAAGCACAACAACACAACUUAGACUCGAUAGUCUCAGCUUCUUCUAAGCUUUCCAUGGCGUUACUACCAAGAGUUUCGCUUCGGGGAACUUCACACACUGAUUACAAGUCCCUCACUUUAGCCCGACUCGAGCGUGACUCGGCCCGAGUUAGAUCUCUAUCCACUCGGUUAGAUCUGGCCAUUAACCAUAUCUCCUCAUCGGAUCUUAAACCAUUAGACAACGGCUUGGAAUUCCAAGCUGAGGAUCUAGAAAGUCCCAUUGUGUCGGGGACGAGUCAAGGAAGUGGGGAGUAUUUCUCCCGAAUUGGAAUCGGUAACCCGCCGAGUCAGGUGUAUAUGGUGCUCGAUACCGGAAGUGACAUCAACUGGUUACAGUGCGCACCCUGCUCUGACUGCUACCAGCAAGCCGACCCCAUUUUCGAUCCGGCUUCCUCGUCUUCCUAUUUUCCUCUCACGUGUGACACCGAACAAUGUAAGUCCCUCGACGAGUCUGAGUGUCGUAACGGCACUUGUCUCUACGAAGUAUCUUAUGGAGAUGGUUCAUACACCGUCGGCGAUUUAGUCACCGAAACUAUCAUACUCGGCUCAGCUAAGGUUAAUAAUGUAGCCAUCGGCUGCGGUCACAAUAAUGAGGGGCUAUUUGUUGGAGCCGCCGGCUUACUUGGAAUGGGAGGUGGUUCGCUAUCUUUUCCUUCUCAGAUUAACGCGACUACUUUCUCUUACUGUCUCGUCGACCGUGAUUCUGACGCAGCAUCAACUCUCGAGUUCGAAACGCUGUUACAUCAAAAUGUCGUUUCUGCUCCUUUACUCCGUAACCCCGAACUCGACACAUUUUAUUAUCUCGGUGUAACGGGACUCAGUGUGGGCGGUGAGUUACUCUCUGUUUCCGAGUCAGCAUUCAAAAUAGAUGAGACAGGUAACGGAGGGAUAAUUAUCGACUCGGGAACGGCGAUAACUCGGUUGCAAACGGACACGUACAAGGCGUUACGCGAUGCCUUUGUUAAGGGGGCUCAGGAUUUGGUGUCAACUACUGGUGUGUCGUUAUUCGACACGUGCUAUGAUUUGUCGUCUAAGAGUAGCGUUGAGGUGCCUACGGUGACGUUUCAUUUUGCAGAUGGAAAAGCGUUACCGUUGCCACCGAAGAAUUAUUUAAUACCAGUUGACUCAAAUGGAACGUUUUGUUUGGCGUUCGCUCCUACGACGUCGUCAUUGUCAAUCAUUGGGAACGCACAGCAGCAGGGGACACGAGUUAGUUUCGAUCUAGUUAACUCUCUGGUGGGGUUCUCACCAGAUAAAUGUUGAGAACACUAGUUUACAUUUGUGACGGUUUUACCCUUAAUUAGGACGGAUAUUAACCAUUUUGGUCAAAUGACUCAAAUGUCAAAAGAAUGGAAUGUGGACCCACUUUGAAUACUCAGUCGAGUGAUUAUGCCAUUAUUGGAAAGUAGUGGCAUGUAAAGUAAAUUAACUGUAUGUGUUGGGGUAUUUAUGACUCUAAAGCAAGAGGUUACUGUGGAAAAAAAAUGUAUGCGAUCUGAUUCAGCGCAUGUGAUUGACUGCUUUUGGCAAUUUGGUUUGUAUUUUUUAUGGGUUGGUAUUUGUUGACAUUUGUGCGUCCAAUUCA